UUCCCGCGUUUUGUUGCAUCUUCCAAUCCCUCCUUCAUCUCUUUCCCUUUAUCUCAAUUCAUCAGUGACAAUGUUUGCUGCUCGUCAGACUUUCGGCCUUUUCCAGAAGCGGGCUUUCUCCGCUUCUGCCAGCCAGGCUUCUAAGGUUGCUGUUCUCGGUGCUGCUGGUGGCAUUGGUCAGCCCCUUUCCCUGCUCCUGAAGCUCAACCCCCGUGUUUCCGAGCUCGCUCUCUACGACAUCCGCGGUGGCCCCGGUGUUGCCGCUGAUCUGAGCCACAUCAACACCAACAGCACCGUCACCGGCUAUGAGGCCACUCCUGCUGGCCUGAAGGCUGCCCUCACCGGUGCCGAGAUCGUCCUCAUCCCUGCCGGUGUUCCCCGCAAGCCCGGCAUGACCCGUGAUGACCUCUUCAACACCAACGCCUCCAUCGUCCGUGACCUUGCCAAGGCCGCUGCUGAGGCUUCCCCCGAUGCCAACAUCCUUGUCAUCUCCAACCCCGUGAACUCUACCGUUCCCAUCGUCUCCGAGGUCUUCAAGGCCAAGGGCGUCUACAACCCCAAGCGCCUCUUCGGUGUCACCACCCUGGACGUCGUCCGCGCUUCUCGCUUCAUCUCCCAGGUCAAGGAGACUGACCCCGCUAACGAGGCUGUCCCCGUUGUCGGUGGUCACUCCGGUGUCACCAUCGUUCCCCUCCUCUCCCAGUCCAACCACCCCGACAUUGAGGGCGAGACCCGUGAUGCCCUCGUGAACCGCAUUCAGUUCGGUGGUGACGAGGUCGUCAAGGCCAAGGAUGGUGCCGGUUCCGCCACUCUCUCCAUGGCCAUGGCUGGUGCUCGCUUCGCCGAGUCCCUCCUCAAGGCCGCCCAGGGCGAGAAGGGUAUCGUCGAGCCUACCUUCGUUGAGUCCCCUCUCUACAAGGACCAGGGUGUCGACUUCUUCGCUUCCCGCGUUGAGCUCGGCCCCAACGGUGUUGAGAAGAUCCACGAGGUCGGCAAGGUUUCUCCCUAUGAGGAGAAGCUCGUCGAGGCUGCCCUCGCUGACCUCAAGAAGAACAUCCAGAAGGGCCGUGACUUUGUCGCCCAGAACCCUUAAAUCGGCUGAUUCCAAAAUGAUACGCCCAUAGCCCUGUUGCUCUUUGUAUAACAGUCAUAUUUCCCUCCUCAUUUGCGCUAGACUUCUACCCGUUCUUCGUCUCACUCUGUGAUGCAUUCGAGGAACCAGCUGUGGGCAUUCAAAAGAAAUUGAAGAUAUGAAGCGUCAAACUGUUUUCAUAAUAGCAAACUCAUGUCGAGAAUGAUGAGCUUUCUCAUGAAGAUAAAUGAC